GCUUCGUUCUGCGGCGUGGGGCACCAACCCCAAUGGUCGUGGUACAUGGAGCUGCUUUACACAUAACAAUGCUGUACUGUUAGGCAGCCGGGCACCUUUGGACUGUGUAUAAUACUUACUUAUGUCAGCUAUGUACAGUAUGUACUCACUGGGCGGCAAUGUAUGUAAUCUGGAUCAAACACUUCUCGAGGUUAGAAGUAAUGAGACAACACUCCGCGACGCUACAUCGUACCACAUUCAUCUCAUGUAUCUCGGGUUGCGGUUCCUGGAAUCUUAUCAAGCAACAUGCCAUUCAGUGCAGAAUGCCAAAAGCAGAGUAGAAGCAGUCGUUUACAGAGCGAGCCAAGAGCGAGCCGUUUCAAAUCCGCCGCUCUCAUCACCGUCCACCACGUAACAGACGACAAUGUGGCCGUUCGACUCGUAUCCAGAGAUCAAGCUCGAUGACCUUCUCGAGCAGUACGACUUCAUCGUUGCCGGUGGAGGCACCGCUGGUUGUGUGCUGGCCAACCGACUCAGCGCGGACCCCUCUCAUACUGUCCUGCUCAUCGAGAGGGGGCCACGAGCGGACUCCUGGGCAGCCCGUGUACCCCUCUUCUCGUCGGACUUCGCGUCGGAUGGCUCGCGAACGUUGAAGCGACACUCCGAGAUGCAGACCGAGCUCGGAAGACCACUCCUCCUGUUCUCGGGCGGAGCCCUCGGGGGGACCUCACGCGUCAACCAGAUGCUCUACGCGCGUGGACUCCCUGCGGAAUACGAUAGCUGGGCGGACGCAGGGCGGAAGGGGUGGGGGUGGAAGGACGUCGAGCCGUACUUCAUCAAGUCGGAGCGAGCGCUGGAUUUGAAGGACGAGGGCGUGCAUGGGAUGGACGGGGAGUGGAGGAACAGGAGCUUGGGCGACUUCCAGUUCAAGGGUUUUAAUCACGCGGUCGCAGCGUCAGAAGCCAUCGGCCUACCCUACAUCCCCGACAUUAACUCGCCCACUCAUCCGCCAUUUGGGUGCGGUCGCCUGUACUUCACCAUCGACGAGAAGUCGAAGCGCAACUCGUCUUACCAUGCCUUUCUUCCUGCGCCCCUCGCCCGCGCUCGGCAAGGCAACCUACACAUAUGUACGAAUGUCCUCGUCGAGAAGGUAGAUGUGGAGCGUCUUCCGGACGGCCGCUGUGUCGCACGGGGUAUAACGCUCCUCUCGCAAGCUGGUCCGAACCCGGAGAAGAGGAAGCAUGUCCGUGCUGCGAGAGAGAUUGUACUCUCGGCGGGUCCAUUUGGGAGCCCUCACAUCCUUAUGUUGAGUGGCAUUGGUCCCUCGGAACACCUCAAGGAGCACGACAUCCCUAUCGUCAAAGACCUCCCAGCCGUGGGCUCCAACCUUGAAGACCACUUCGGAGUGUCUGUGGGAUUCUUUAUCCCCGUGCAAGAUUCGCUUGUUUCGCUACGGACACAGCCGUUGAGGUUCCUCAUCGAGCUGAUCAAGUACCUCGUCUGGGGCACGGGCUGGUUGCUGGGGCCUGUGCUACAGCUUGCCAUCUUCGCAAACUCAAGAAUGCUCGACAGCACGGGAAAGCCCACUAAGCUUGAGAAGGCUUCGGGAGAGAAGCUGCCCGACAUCGAGAUUAUGCCGAUGGCGUACGCAAGCCAUGACGAGCCCACAACGCUCGACCGAGGCAUGUUCAGUUUCCUGAACGUCCUCCUGCACCCAAAGAGCAAGGGCAGCGUGCGGUUAUCCUCCGCCGACCCUCGUGCACAGCUCAUUAUCGACCCACGCUAUCUGUCCCACCCCGACGACUACGCGCCGCUGCGGGCGUCACUCAAGCUCAGCCUACGCCUACGCGACGAGAUGCGUGCUCGCGGGUAUGGCCUCGAGGACUGGCUGCAGCCGUCGAGCGAGAGCGACGCGGACCUGGACGACUACAUCCGGCGGUAUAACCGGACGACGUACCACUACUCGUCGACGUGCCGGAUGGCGCCCGAGGACGACGGGGAGGGCGGAGGGGUCGUGGACGAUGAGCUGCGGGUGUAUGGCGUGGAGAACCUGCGUGUGGCGGACACGUCGAUCUUACCGCGCGUGCUGGGGACGCAUCUGCAGGCUCCCGCUGUGGCGAUUGGUGAGAAGUGCGCGGAUAUGAUGCUCAAAAGCAAGCAGCAGUGAAUGGUGUGAUGCACUUACUAGUUCUUGUAUAUCGCUCCCAUCUAUCAUAUUGCUUAAGCUAUGUCGACCCGUCUCGAAGCCCGUCAAAUAGAAAAGU